AUCCAGCGAGAGUUCCCGGAGCUUCCUAAUAACACCGAGUCGCUAAUGCUGCUGACGCUAAAGCUCUCAUAAGACAUAUCGCUCACAAUAACACUUGUUAUGACCCUUUACAUUCAUAAACACGCUCUUUAUGAGCACGGACUAUUAUAACGCCGGUAUGAUGCCGUUGUCUUUACACUGACACGUCUCUAUGGGAUACGUCGAGCGAGGUUUUGGAUAUUUCCUCACCGUCAGGCCUAAGACCAUGAGUGAUCAUCAGGAUCAGGCUGAAGAUGUCGGGCUCCUAACACCUCACGAUCAGUCGGAGCCCUCGAAGGACGAUGACAUGCAUUUCAGGGUGCAUCUAAUAGAUGAUCUGUCAUAUGAGGACGUCAAGAAAUGCUACCGUGGAUCUACCGUCAGCAAGUACAAUGCGCAGUACCACAAGCUUUUCCAGAGCGUUCCCAAAGAAGAGCUUCUAAUGAAAGUGUACUCCUGUGCCCUGCUGCGAGACAUCCUGCUGCAAGGCCGACUCUACAUCUCUCGAAACUGGCUGUGUUUUUAUGCCAACCUCUUUGGUAAAGACAUCAAGGUGGCCAUUCCUGUAGCGUCUGUGCGAUUGGUGAAGAAACAUAAGACAGCAGGUCUGGUUCCUAAUGGCUUGGCUAUCACCACAGACAGCAGUCAGAAGUACGUGUUUGUGUCUCUACUGUCCAGAGAUAGCGUCUACGAUGUGUUGAGACGCAUCUGCACACAUCUACAGGUCAAUGGGAAGAAGAUCCUCAGCCUCAAGCAGUACAUGGAGGAGCCUAACUCUUUAUCUCUGGAUGAGUUCCCCGUCCCUGAAGUUUUCCCUGUACCAGAUGAGUUUCCUCCAGUGCUGAAGUGGAGGAGGAAGCCAUCAGUGGCAUCUGUGGCUUCUUCCCUACCUGACUUACUGGGAAACUCCACCAGCAGCCUGAGUGCCGUAGACGCCCCCUUCCAGACAGACAAACCUCUGGAGGAUCAAGGUCUGGAAACCAAGAAGAUCCUCCUUACAGAGACGAUACCAGAACUGGGCCAGAUGGAGUACCAGCUACUAAAAUUCUUCAUCCUGCUCAUUAUCCUGCUCAUCCUGUCGUCGUGUUACCUGGCCUUUCGUGUCUGCAGCCUGGAGCAGCAGCUCUCUUUCCUCAGCAACAACCCUGCACUGACUCUCAGAGAGAGGUAACUACUGACCGUCACCGCUGCACUUCACAGGAACGUCGUCCAGCGCCGGCGCUCUCUCUCUCUCUCUCUCUCUCUCUCUCUCUCUGUGGCCACCUUGCAACUAUGCAAACAAACUCUCCUAUGUAUUGAUGCAAAGUCUUUCUUGGAUUGUGUUGACAAUGAGCCUGAAGACUGGAAGUGUUCUCAAAUAGUCAUUGUGUUACUGGACCUAAAAGACGAAAAGGACCUGACCGGCCUACACAGGAUGUAGACUGCAAGCCCUGUGUACAUUAUAAACAAAAUGAAGGGCUGUUUCCCCAACACAAACUGUUUGUGUGGUCAUUCGUCACCUAAUAAGGGCAAACGUAUCAAUCGCUGUACAGUCAAAUGACUUUCAAUAGGUUAUAAAUCUCUUGAAUAUGUAUAGCUCAGGAUCUAAUGCAGUAUAUUUAGAUAAGAUUAUUUUAUUUAUUUAUAUGCAAGCCACUUGCCAUGUCCUAGCACUUCCAGUAGGAUUUAGCUGAACUGAAAAUCUCUAUUAUGUACAGUAUGCAUACGGUUUGAUCAGGUCGUGUGAUCAGUCUUACUGUAUUCACACCUGGCGAGAAUGUUUAUGGCAUAAUGAAUGUUUACUCAAGUAAAUCCAGAAGCUGUAGAAUUCAUGGACAAUAAAAUCAUGCAUUUUCAUGUACUGUCCUAA